AUAAAAAUGGCAGUCACUUCUGUGACUUCAGUUUUGGUGUGUGUAUUUAGUGUGACUUUGGCCAAUUACUACCUCAAACCUCUGUCCUAUACCAAACUACCGACCAAGUCAACCCCUACAGAAACCUUUCAGUUAUUUGGUGGCACGGCUGAGGAGGGAGCAUACGAUCCAGUGAAGAAAAUGUUGUAUGUUGUGGGAGAAACAUCAAGAUUGUUACAUAUCCUUGACGUAUCCGACCCUGUUAACCCCGUACGGGUUUUCACGCAUCAGUUUACUACCAUAGAGGGCAGACCACGUGACAUCGCAAUAUGCGGCGAUGACAUGGCAGUUGCCCUUACUUCCGAUAUCAGAGAUGUGUACGAGGGACACGUGCAAUUCUUCAAAACGUUCACCAAAGGUGAUAGCUUCUUGCAUUACAACGGAAGUCGUCUCCCAGUGGGAUCGUUUCCUGACAUGUUAACCUAUACUCCGGAUUGUGCCGCGGUCCUUGUGGCCAAUGAGGGAAAACCUGGCCGUGACAUCACCAACACGUUUCAAGAUCCCCCUGGCACUGUCCAGAUUAUCCGCAAACCAAGGACUGGCAGCCCAUCAGAACAGAAUGUAAACUUCGACAAAUUCAACUCUCGGUACGACGUCCGCAUUCCGGCGCGUUAUAUACCUACCAGCACGUGGCCCCUUCCUAACGCAGUCACAGUCUCGCAAGGGCUGGAACCCGAGUAUAUUGCAGUGACCCCUGACUCCAGAUACGCCUUCAUCACACUACAGGAAAACAAUGCCAUUGCUAAAUUAUCACUGAGUGAUGGGAUAAUGACAGAUUUAUGGCCUUUGACCCCGAAAGAAUGGAGGGACAUUGGAAUUGAUUCCACAGACAGAGAUGGAGGUAUUCACCUCCGGCAAUACCCAUGGGUUAGUUUACAACAGCCGGAUGCGGCCAAGGUAUUCACAAUCGGCAGAAAGACCUUUCUCUUUACUCUCGACGAGGGUGCACCAACAACAUAUACAAGCAGUGUCCACGGCUUCAAUUGGGCAGACCAUGCCAAGUCAGACGCUCUGAUAAGAGCACAGAAAUACGACUCUUCGAGUAUCAACAACUCGACCUUUUAUGAAGAUCUGACAAAGGAAAACAUGGCGGGCUAUCUUACCGUCAGCAACAUCGAUAGUCUUAACCUGUUCUCCGAUAAGUUGGGAAAAGUAACGCAUUUCGGAGGGCGUGGCUUCUCUAUCUGGGAUACCCAGGAUAUGAGCCUCGUUUGGGACAGUAGGGACGAGAUCGAGAAAAGUAUGGAGCUGCUAAUGUACAACGUUUUCAAUACCGAUAUUGUGUCGUCCACUAUCACAUAUACAUCGCCCGAAAAUCUACGAGAUACGACGUCUGAUCUCCAGGGUGCAAAACUGAAUGGGAUGGAUAUUCUGGUACAGAAAAAUGGUUCUGACUUCCUGCUGGUUGGAAGCGAGACUGUAGGCGCCCUCUUCCUCUACACAAUCAAUUCAACUAGUGGCAAACCUGUUCCGAGAUUUGAGAGCGCUCAUCGCGCGGGUCGAACCGAUUUUGUGUGGAAGGAAUUAUAUGAUAUGGAUGAGGCUGGGGACGCCUAUAUAUCUGCAAUAGGAUUGAUUUCCGCUGAGGACAGCCCAAACAACAACGUAAUGGCAUACGUGAUCAGUGACGUUUCCGGAAGUGUGUCGCUCUACAGCGUGGAGAAACACCCAAAUCCUGACUUCAUUUUCGGAUAA